AUGAUGCAAAGUAUAUACCAAACACUUCGUCCCAAAGACGCAUCUGGACAGCCAGCAAAAGUCCCCCUGCCCGCAGCCUUCUACCAGAACCACGCCUGGCGGCUUCACUAUCACGACCAGCUCGCCAAACACACCCAGUUCCACGACGAGUACAUCUACGCAUUCACCUGGGAGGACGCCCGGCAAGACCAUGCUCUACUCAACCUGCGCGCAGACGACGUUAUCCUCGCAAUCACCAGCGCCGGCGACAACAUCCUUUCGUACGCCACGAAGAGCCCAGCCAGCAUCCACGCCGUCGACCUCAAUCCCGGGCAGAACCACCUCCUCGAGCUCAAGCUGGCUUGCUACACUGCACUGCCAUACGAAGACUUCUGGCCGCUCUUCGGGGAAGGAAAGCAUCCCGGGUUCCGCCACUUGCUGCUCAACCACCUCUCGCCGCAUCUCUCCCGCCGUUCAUUCCAGUACUGGCGCGAGCGCGUCGAUGUCUUUGAACGCCCAAGCAGUCGAGGGCUCUACGACACAGGGGGAUCGCGCCACGCUCUCCGUGUCCUCCGCUGGACUGCCCGUCUUCUCCGCUGUCGCACUGGGAUCCGCCAGUUUCUUGCUUCUGGGAGUCUCCCCGAGCAGGUUCACGCAUGGAAAGCCCUACUCUGCCCAGCCCUGCUCUCCCCGCUCCUCUGUAAGCUGGUCGUCAGCCAGGAAUCCUUUCUCUGGAAGGCACUCGGCGUUCCCAAAAGCCAACUUGCCAUGAUUGAGGCCGACCACAGCGCCAGAGCCAGAGCAAAUUCCCGUGGCCAGGGUCGCUGGCAAGCCGUCUGGCGCUACAUGGUCGAUACCCUCGACCCGGUAGCCCAGCAGACACAUAUCGCAAGUGACAACCCGUACUACUACGUCUGCCUAGCCGGGCAGUUCAGCCAGACGUGCCAUCCAGAGUAUCUCUCGGCAGAAGCCCACGCCCUGCUCUCGCAGCCAGGCGCCCUGGACAAUCUCCACCUCCACACGGAUGAGAUCGCCGAGGUACUAACGCGGAUCACGCCAGCGAGUCUGACAGUUGCGGUGUUUAUGGAUAGCAUGGACUGGUUUGAUCCGGGAGCUGACAGUGCCACUGCGCAGGUCACCCUGCUCAAUCGUGCGAUGAAGAUUGGGGGCCAAAUACUGCGUACAUUCAAAUUCCACGAAAUUGCAGCGCCAGGCCAGCACACGCCAAACGACGCGCCGGCUGACGCAGAAGACAACGGCGAGCCAGGGAAUGGAGAGCAGCCCCCUGCCCGCAAGAAAACAUGGCGCUUUUGGGCCGUCUUCCCAGCGCUCUGCGUAACGACCUUCCUGGCGGCCCUGGACACGUCCAUCCUGUCGACGGCGCUGCCCACGAUCGCCCUUGACCUCCAGGCCGGUGAGCUGUACAUGUGGAUCACCAACGCGUAUAUCCUGUCGUCGACAGUGGUCCUCCCUCUCUUCGGGCAGACGGCCAACAUCUUCGGCCGCCGCUGGAUGAUGAUCAGUUCCGUGGUCGUCUUUGCCAUCGGCAGCGGCAUGGCCGGCGGCGCCAAUAAUACCAGCGCCAUCAUCGCCGGACGCGCUAUCCAGGGCAUUGGCGGCGGCGGCAUCAAUGUUCUCGUUGAUACUGUUAUCUGCGACCUCGUCCCCCUCCGCCAGCGAGGGCAGUACGUCGCCCUGAUGGCCUCUGUCUGGGCUGUCGGCACUACCAUCGGGCCAGUUCUCGGCGGUGCCUUCGCCCAACACGUCUCCUGGCGCUGGGUCUUUUAUAUUAAUCUCCCUCUGUGUGCUGUCUCUCUUAUCCUGCUUAUCCUCUUUCUCCGCGUUACCCACCCCCCUAGACCCCCCAACACCUCCAUUUGGAUGCAGUUUACUCGCGUUGACCUCCUCGGAAACACCAUUCUUACCACUGCUGUCGUUGCCAUCCUGCUCGCCCUUACCUGGGGUGGAAGCGCCUACCCCUGGUCCUCCUGGCGCGUGCUCGUCCCUUUUCUCCUCGGCCUCGCCGGCCUCGCCCUCUUUCUCGCCCACCAGGCUUCGCGCCUCUGCCCUGAACCUUCUAUCCCCUUGAAGGUCUUUAAAAGCUCCACCGCUAUAUGCGCCCUCUGGAUUGCCUUUCUCCAGAACCUCCUUCUCUACUGGAUUGGCUACUUCCUUCCAGUCUAUUUCCAGGCCCUCCGCAACCUCUCCGCGACAUCCUCCGGCCUCGCUGUGCUGCCUAUCACCGGCGCAAUCGCCCCAUCCGGUAUAGUAACAGGCAUCCUGCUUGCAAAGACAGGAAAAUACCGCCCCUUCCACUUCCUCGGUGCAAUCGGCACAACUGUCGGCGUUGGUCUCUUCUCCCUGCUCGACGACAAGUCUCCUGCCCGCGAGUGGGCCGGAUUCCAGGUCCUGUAUGGUAUCGGCUCCGGCAUGAUUUUUUCAUCCACCCUCCCGCCCAUCCAGGCCGUUCUUCCCGAGUCUGACGUCGCGGUAGCUACUGGGACAUGGGCAUUUAUGCGUAGCUUCGGCUGUAUCUGGGGAAUCGCAAUCCCGACGUCGAUUUUCAACACGCGCAUUCAGGCCGGGUUGAGCCGCGUCAGUGACCCCGUGAUAAGGGGGAUGCUAGGCGGCGGGGGUGCCUAUGCAGUUGCGAGUGAAGGCCUGGUACGCAGUUUGGCGGAUCGGCCGGUGCUCCAGGGGGAAGUACUGGGGCUGUACAAGGAUGGGCUGCGGUGGGUGUAG